CAGAAAUUCCGUUCGCACGCAAGCUCGAUAAGCCCGGCGCGUCUCCAUCGCAACCCAUCACUCACGACCGACCUUAUCACCUUGACUGAGUCGAGACAUACCACAACAAGCCCUAAGAACCAACGACCUGUGUUAAGGGGCUAUUGGCGUAACCGUGCUAGCCAUCAAGAUGAUGCGACCAGCUUUCCGAUUGGCAACCAUGCCGCGCCGUGCGAUACCGGCAGCGAGACAAAAUGCAACAGAGGCACUGUGGAGGAAGCAGUUCACUGCGCCAACGAGAACUUUCAAGACGACACCACCGCGAGCAACAUAUCCAAGACCUGGCGCAUCGCAAUCCCAAUUUCGCUGGUCGCAAAGUCAGACUUCAAGCUGGAUCACGUCUCGGCUCGAAACGAUCUUCCGAUCAUCACGCCGGACGUUCCGGUUCUCCGCUAGGCAGAGCAACUCGGCAGACGGUGCUGCCAAGGAAUCGCUUUCGCUCAGCCAAAGGUUGAAGAAGCUUUCGCGCGAAUAUGGGUGGUCGGCUGUUGGCGUGUAUCUGGCCUUGAGCGUUCUGGAUUUUCCCUUUUGUUUCCUGCUCGUGCGGAUCGUUGGAACCGACCGGAUUGGUCAACUGGAGCACUGGGUAGUGUCCCACGUCCAAAAAGUGAUCCCUGAUUCAGUCAAGACCUGGUGGACCGAAUACAGAGCCGCACUCAGCAAGGCCGAGACCGAGCAGCUGGGAAACAACGACAUCAGCGAUGCAGUUGAGAAGGCGACCUGGGGAGUUGAGGAAGCUCAGCGCGCCAACAAAGCGGAAGCCAGCUUGGGAACUCAGUUGGCUUUGGCAUAUGCAAUCCAUAAAAGUUUCAUCUUCCUCAGAGUGCCUUUGACCGCCGCGGUUACGCCAAAGGUUGUCAAGGUGCUCAGAUCAUGGGGAUGGCAGAUCGGCAAACGGCGGAGCAAAUAAGCCGAAGUCUGGGGCCCGUCCAGCCUCCGCUCGGCUGGUGGGUCGGAGAUCCUGGGAUGCCGGGCACCUCCUUAAUGUAUUAUC